AUGGAUGAUAUGGCUGAAGUUUCUGCUGCUCUACCGAAGACAAGAAUUUACAGUUGCUGCAAUUGCAAAAAUCUUAUCGCAUUUCAUAAUCAGAUCAUUCCCGGAGACUUUCAGGGUCGACAUGGGAGUGCUUUCCUAUUCUCCCAUGCAAUGAACAUUCGGUUGGGGAGGAGCCGACACCGGAAGCUGACGACGGGGGAGUAUAUCUUGGCGGAUAUCUACUGCGAAGAUUGUAACAGCCUGUUGGGAUGGAAGUUUUUGUUGGCCGAAGACGAUUCGGAGAAGUAUAAGGAAGGGAAUUUCCUUCUUGAUACAUCCAAGGUCGCUGAGGUCGAGGAUGAGGAUUGA